CAGAGGGUGGCAGUAACAACAGAAAUAUGUGGAUACAGUCUACCGAAAAACACCACAGAAGAAGACGUGUGCGGCGCUGUGUGGUGCUCCUUAAGAAACAGAAGAAGAGGCGCGUGUAUUGGAGUCAGUCCAGCCUGGUGACAGAGUGGGUGAUUGACAUGUUGCCUGUAGUGGUUGUCCAUGGGGGGGCGGGUCAUAUCCCUAAGGAGCGUUCAGAAAACUCCACAUCAGGAGUAUGUGCAGCAGCCCGGGCGGGGUAUGUGGUCCUGAAAAGAGGGGGCAGCAGCAUGGACGCUGUGGUGGAGGCUGUGACCCAGCUGGAGAAUAACCCUGCCUUCAACGCAGGCUGUGGCUCGGUGCUGAACGUGAAGGGAGAGGUGGAGAUGGAUGCGUUUGUAAUGGAGGGCAAAACACUGGCGACUGGUGCAGUGUCUGCAGUAAGGAAUAUAGCCAACCCCAUCCAGCUUGCGAGGCUCGUUAUGGACAAGACGAGUCACACGUGUCUGACAGCAGAAGGUGCCAACCAGUUCGCCCGCUCGAUGGGCGUCCCUGAGGUGCCCAUGGAGUCCCUCAUCACUGAAUACUCCCGCAUGCGCUGGAGGAAGAACCUGGCUCCUGAGGCCAACCCUGUGGAGUGCCAGAUGGGGAAGAUGGGCACGGUUGGAGCCGUGGCGGUCGACAGUGAGGGUGUCGUAGCUUGUGCCACCUCUACUGGAGGGAUCCUGAACAAGAUGGAGGGACGGGUGGGCGACACACCCUGCAUAGGGUGUGGAGGUUUUGCUGACAACAGCUCAGGAGCAGUGUCGACCACAGGCCACGGAGAGGCCAUCAUGAAGGUUGUUCUAGCCAGGCUCAUACUGUUUUACAUGGAGCAAGGUCAGUCUGCUGAAGCAGCCAGUGACUCAGCUCUGGCCUACAUGAAGUCCAAGGUGGGAGGUCUGGGUGGUGUGGUGACAGUGGACCCUCAGGGUAAUUGGGCCGCUCGCUUCUCCAGCCUGCAGAUGGCGUGGGCUGCCGGACAGAAAGACACCCUGCACUACGGCCUGUACGCUGGAGAAAACUUCACACAGAGCAUCGACGAGCCGCACUGACAGAGAACAGAUCUUUCAUGUUUUUUAAGUUUGUACCAAGAGUAUUAGAAUCAACUGGAAUUAACAUACUAACAUUUUUAGCUGUGAUUAAAAUGAUGACAAUCAGUAAAGAGGAUUCUGAUGGACAGUCGUUGUAUUGAUUAAACGUACAGACUACCAGUACCAGGAGAGAAACAACAGAUGUCAGACCUCACAGUGUGUUGUAUUGAUUGUGUGAUAGGACUCUUCUCAUCAGACAUCAUGAAAGUAUCUCCAGCGUGCAGACAGAUCAUGAUUUACCCUCCAAGUCAAGACGGUAAAACUCUGUAAGGACUCUUUCUGCACACUCUGCAGAGGAAAGUUUCCUGUGGAGCUCGCUGACCUCUGACCCCUCUGAGUCAGGUGGUCAUUUCACGCUCUGGCUGAUAUGGAGUCAGGAGGAAGAUAUCCGUCUUCAAACAGCCUCCAGGUAUCUGAUCUCUAGAGAGAGAGAGAAGUUUGAAUCAAACUAACAUCAGAAUCCCUUUUUUAUUUCAACCAGUUGUCAUUUGAUUAAUGUUUUGAUUGAAAAAAAUGUUAAAUUCUUACAACCACAAGAAGCUGUAUCAGGAGAUUCUCUACAUUUUAUGACAAUCUUUAAAAUCCAGUGUUCACACAG